AGGGAAAAAGAAGAGGGAACAGAAACAUGGCGGGCAGCUGUCGAGGUAGCCUGCCCGUGGGGAGCACCUAGACCGCAGCGUUCGCGCCGGCGAUCCGCUCUGCGGGGCAGCGGCCCUUGCUGCAGGUGGCGCCCCUCGAGACCCAGCCGGCGCGGAGGCGCAGGCGCAGAGCGGCGGGUGACCGCUGGAGUCCCCGGCCCGGCCCGGCCCGCCCUGCCCUGCGGAGGGCGCCCAGGCCGCGGAGCCGGCGCUUUCAUGCCCCAGGAAGCUGCGCCGUCCGGCCGCUGACAGAGCUGCGCAGCAGGAAAUCUGGCUUUCAACAAAUCUCAGAGUAGAUACAAAAUAACUUAAAAAUUGUUAGACCAAUACUGCUAUUAAGAAACAAACAAACAAACAAAAAACCAGCCUUCUGAAAAGAAAAAAAAAAAGAAAUAGAGCAGCAGCCAUGCUCGAAGAUAAAGGACCAAGAGUGACAGACUACUUUGUUGUGGCAGGUCUCACUGAUACAUCCACUCUUUUGGAUCAAGAAAUAAAUCGUUUAGACACUAAAUCACCUGGACCUAAAGCUCCAAUUACAGACAUUGCAAUCAUUAUCAAGUCGGCUGGGGAAACAGUACCUGAAGGUUACACCUGUGUCGAAUCCACUCCAUCAGCACUCCAAGCAAACUUGAACUAUGGAAGUCUAAAAAGUCCAGAACUUUUCCUCUGUUAUAAGAGAGGCCGUGAUAAACCACCCCUUACAGAUGUUGGAGUUUUAUAUGAAGGGAAAGAACGGCUUAUUCCAGGAUGCGAAGUGAUCCAAGCCACGCCCUAUGGUCGUUGUGCUAAUGUCAACAACAGUUCAACGACUUCCCAAAGAAUCUUUAUCACGUAUCGAAGAGCUCCUCCAGUUCGAUCCCAGAAUUCUUUAGCUGUGACUGACAUAUGUGUUAUUGUAACCAGCAAAGGGGAAACCCCUCCUCAUACUUUCUGCAAAGUUGACAAGAAUUUAAAUUGUGGCAUGUGGGGUUCCAGUGUGUUUCUGUGUUACAAGAAAUCUGUGCCUACUUCAAAUGCAAUAGCAUAUAAGGCUGGUUUAAUUUUUCGAUACCCAGAAGAGGACUACGAGUCUUUUCCGCUGUCAGAGUCUGUACCUCUCUUCUGCCUUCCAAUGGGAGCCACUAUUGAAUGCUGGGAUCCUCAAACCAAAUAUCCACUUCCUGUUUUUUCAACUUUUGUCCUGACAGGUUCUUCAGCUGAAAAGGUAUAUGGAGCUGCUAUCCAGUUUUAUGAACCUUACUGUCGGGAACUUCUCACAGAGAAACAACUUCUGCAGCUGGGCCUGUUGACACCUGUGGAGAGAAAAGUAGUCUCCAAAUCCAUCAAUUCAAACAAAUGCAUUUGUUUGCUUUCACACUGGCCUUUUUUUGAAGCUUUUAGAAAAUUCCUUAUGUUUAUCUACAAGCUUUCUGUGUCUGGACCACAUCCUCUUCCCAUUGAAAAGCACAUUUCACAUUUUAUGCAAAACAUCCCUUUUCCUUCACCACAAAGACCAAGAAUCCUCGUACAGUUAUCAGUCCAUGAUGCAUUAAUAUUGUCACAGCCAGUUUCCACACCUUUACCACUAAGUGGAGCCAACUUUAGUACCUUGCUGAUGAAUUUGGGUCCUGAGAAUUGUGCCACACUGCUGCUCCUGGUUUUACUUGAGAGUAAGAUUCUACUGCAUUCUCUUAGGCCAGCUGUCCUGACUGGGGUGGCUGAAGCUGUUGUUGCUAUGAUCUUUCCAUUUCAGUGGCAAUGCCCAUAUAUUCCCCUUUGUCCUCUUUCACUGGCUGGAGUGCUUAGUGCACCUUUACCAUUUAUAGUUGGAGUUGACUCAAGGUAUUUUGAUCUUCAUGACCCACCACAAGAUGUUGUUUGCAUUGACUUGGAUACGAACAUGGUAUAUGUAGCUGAUGAAAAGAAGAACAUGAACUGGAAGCAGCUUCCCAAAAAGCCAUGCAAAAAUCUACUGGGCACCUUGAAAAAAUUAUAUCCCCAGCUGUGUUCAGUUCACCGAAAAACUCAAGAAAGUUCAGCUGUUGAGAUGACUCCAAUUGAAGCAGAUUUCUCUUGGCAAAAAAAGAUGAUGCAACUUGAGAUGGAAAUUCAGGAGGCGUUUUUGAGAUUUAUGGCAUCUGUUUUAAAAGGAUAUAGGACAUAUCUCAGACCAAUCACAGAGGCUCCUUCAAAUAAAGCCACAGCUGUAGAUUCAUUGUUUGAUCGACAGGGAUUUCUAAAAAGUCGAGAUCGUGCCUAUACAAAAUUCUAUACCAUUUUGUCCAAAACACAGAUUUUUAUUCGUUUCAUUGAAGAAUGCAGUUUUGUAAGUGAUAAAGACACUGGAUUGGCAUUUUUUGAUGACUGCAUAGAGAAGUUGUUUCCAGAUAAAGUUGUAGAGAAAACAGACAAGAUUGAUUUGGAUUCAGCAGAAGAUACCAAAUUGAUAGAACUAGAUGAUUCACAGAAAAGUGAGCAUACUGUAUUUGUAAUGCCACCCGAGCCCACUCCUGAUGAUGGGAAGGAUCUGUCCCCACAGUACAGUUACCAAUACUUUCCAGGAUUGGACCUGAAGCUUUUCGACAGACCACAGGAGUUGAAACCUCGUUUUAAUAAGCACCCUUCUGGGAGCAGCAGUACAAACAGUCCAGCUCUCAUGGCCAAAAGAACUAAACAGGAGAUAAAAACAGCCCAUAAGUUGGCGAAGAGAUGUUAUACAAAUCCACCGCAGUGGGCCAAGUGUCUGUUCAGUCAUUGUUACAGUUUAUGGUUUAUCUGUCUUCCUGCCUAUGUUAGAGUUUCUCACCCUAAGGUCAAAGCACUCCAACAGGCAUACGAUGUACUUAUUAAGAUGAGGAAGACAGAUGUGGAUCCACUAGAUGAGGUGUGCUAUCGUGUGGUAAUGCAGCUUUGUGGACUUUGGAGUCAUCCUGUUUUAGCAGUGAGAGUCCUAUUUGAAAUGAAAACUGCUAAAAUAAAGCCAAAUGCUAUUACAUAUGGCUAUUAUAAUAAGGUAGUUUUGGAGAGCCCAUGGCCCAGCAGUACCCGUAGUGGUAUCUUCUUAUGGACAAAAGUGCGGAAUGUGGUACAUGGUUUGGCACAGUUUAGGCAGCCACUCAAAAAGUCGGGGCAAAUAUCACAGGUCUUUUCAAUAUCAGCUCCUCAGAAUACCACAGGUGGAAGUGAUGGGGACACAGUGAGCCACGGUAGUGUGGAUAGUUCUAACGAUGCUAACAAUGGGGAGCACACAGUCUUCGUCAGAGACUUAAUCAGCCUUGAUUCCAUUGAUAAUCACUCUAGUACAGGUGGUCAGUCUGACCAAGGCUAUGGCUCUAAAGAUGAACUUAUAAAGGACUAUGCAGAGAUUCGUGUGCCUGAAGAGCAAAUAGCACAAGAAUUGAUAACUACAACGAAAUUGCAGAUAGAAGAGGUGUGUGAUGUAUUACCUGUUGUCUCAAAACGUUCACAACCUAGUCCAGAGCCUCAAAGUCCUACUGAGCCUCCUGCAGGGGGCAGCAGUAUUGUGAAAGCUCCAUCUGGAAUAUUUGACACUACUAACAGGACAAGGAGCACUGGAAGUACAGCAAAUGUGCUGUUCUCUACUCAAGAUCCAGUUGAAGAUGCUAUCUUUGGCGAAGUUGCUAAUUUCAAGAAGAAUGACGAUAGAGGAGAAAAAAGACAAAAGCAUUUUCCAGAGAGGAGCUGUAGUUUUAGUUCUGAAAGCAGAGCAGGGAUGCUCCGGAAGAAGAGCAGUUUGGACUUGAAUUCAAGUGAAAUGGCUAUCAUGAUGGGCGCAGAUGCCAAGAUCCUUACAGCAGCGCUGACGUGUCCCAAGACUCCACUUCAUGCCACAAGAACGCAUAGCUUUGAGAGUGUUAGUUGUCAUCUGACUGAUGCCAGAACUCAUAUAUCAGAAAGCUCUUGGGAUUCUGAGCACAAGUCAUCUCCUGUGCUAGAAAUGCUUGAGGAAAGCCAAGAGCUAGAGCCUGUGGUUGAUGAUAAUGUAACUGAAACGACUACUGCAAAGGUUACAUGUGACAGUCUACAAAAUGACAGGAACAAUAAUCAGUCCAGAGACUCCCAGGAUGCAGAAUCCCAGGAUGCAGUGAACAAGAGAAGUAGUUCAUAUGGUAUUGCUAAAGCCAUCGAGAGGGAAGAUGUUGAAACUGGACUAGAUCCUUUGUCUCUUUUAGCUACUGAAUGUGUAGAAGAAACAACUCCCGAUUCUGAAGAUAAGUUAUUUUCUCCAGUAAUUUCACGUAAUCUAGCUGAUGAAAUUGAAAGUUAUAUGAACCUAAAAAGUCCUCUGGGUAGUAAAUCUUCUAGUAUGGAAUUGCACAGAGAGGGAAGCCAUGAGCCUGGCACUGUUCCUUCAUUUAUUCACCCUUUAGAAAGGAGACCAAGCCUACCUUCAGAUCAUGGUGUGCCGGUAGCACAAGAAAACCUGAAAAUUGAAAAGUGCUCCCCUGCAGUGUCUAGGCCUAAAACUGGGCGUUGGAAGCAGCAAACUCCUCAUCGAACUUACAAAGACCGUUCCACUUCUUUAUCAGCAUUUGUACGCUCUUCACCAAAUAGCUCUCUGGGUUCUGUGGUAAAUUCUUUGUCAGGGCUAAAGUUGGAUAAUAUCCUUUCAGGGCCCAAGAUAGAUGUUCUAAAAUCUAGUAUGAAACAAGCUGCAACAGUAGCAAGUAAAAUGUGGGUGGCUGUAGCUUCUGCCUACAACUACUCUGAUGACGAGGAAGAAACUAAUAGAGAUAGAGAUUAUAGUUUCCCAGCUGGCCUAGAAGAUCAUAUUUUGGGGGAGAAUGUAUCACCCAGUACAAGUGUCUCAGGCCUAGUUCCCGGCGAGCUUACCCAGAGCAACACCAGCCUGGGCAGCAGCAGUAGCGGAGAAGGUGGAAAACUGCUGUAUGCGACAGGUGAAGUUCCAUUUUCAAGAAAUAUAAAGGGGCAGGACUUUGAAAAAUCAGACCAUGGUUCUUCUCAGAAUACCAGCAUGUCUAGCAUCUAUCAAAAUUGUGCAAUGGAGGUGCUGAUGUCAAGCUGCUCACAGUGCAGAGCUUGUGGAGCUCUAGUUUAUGAUGAAGAAAUUAUGGCUGGAUGGACAGCAGAUGAUUCAAACUUGAAUACAACCUGCCCAUUCUGCAAAAACAAUUUCUUGCCUCUUCUCAAUGUCGAAUUUAAGGACUUGAGAGGCUCUGCAAGCUUUUUCUUGAAACCAAGUACCUCUGGUGACAGUUUACAAAGUGGCAGUAUUCCACUGGCAAAUGAACCCUUGGAGCACAAACCUGUUUGCAGUUCAGCAGAACCUGACUUGAUCAGCUUUAUGGACCUCCCGAAACCCAACCAGACGAUAACUGAAGAAACAAGCUACACAGUUGAAUCAAGUGAUGAAAUAAAGAAAACCAGUGGAGAUGUCCAGAGUGUGAAAAUUUCAUGUGUGCCUAACAGUUUAUCCAAACGAAAUGUAUCUUUGACUCGAAGUCAUAGUGUUGGAGGCCCUUUGCAAAGUAUUGACUUCUCUCAGCGACCAUUUCAUGGCAUUUCAACAGUUAGUCUUCCAAAUAGUCUGCAGGAAGAUGUGGACGGUCUAGGAAAAAGGCCCAAUCCUCUCCCUGUGUCUGUGCCCUAUUUGAGUCCUCUGGUGCUCCGGAAAGAACUUGAAUCCUUGCUGGAAAACGAAGGCGAUCAGGUGAUUCAUACAUCAUCUUUCAUCAAUCAACAUCCAAUCAUUUUCUGGAACCUUGUUUGGUAUUUCAGACGUUUGGACCUUCCUAGCAACUUGCCAGGACUUAUACUUACAUCUGAACAUUGUAAUGAAGGUGUACAGCUUCCUCUAUCAUCUCUGUCCCAGGACAGCAAACUUGUGUAUAUUCAGCUCUUAUGGGAUAAUAUCAACCUUCAUCAGGAACCAGGAGAACCUCUGUAUGUCUCAUGGAGGAACCUGAAUUCUGAGAAGAAAUUGUCCCUUCUGUCAGAGGAGCAACAAGCAGUGAGCACUUUAGUUGAAAGCAUUAGGCAGAGUAUCCAGCAUAAUGAUGUUCUGAAGCCCAUCAACCUGCUUUCCCAGCAAAUGAAGCCGGACAUGAAAAGACAAAGGAGUUUAUACAGAGAAAUCCUUUUCUUAUCAUUAGUGUCUCUUGGAAGAGAAAACAUUGAUAUUGAGGCUUUUGACAAUGAAUAUGGGCUUGCAUACAAAAAUUUAUCUUCAGAGAUUCUUGAAAAGUUACAGAAAAUUGAUGCCCCACCAAGUACGAGCAUGGAGUGGUGCAGGAGGUGUUUUGGAGCCCCUCUCAUUUAAAAAGACUCAUUGGAACUUUGGUACUGAGAACUAGGGGAGUAGGUUCCGCCUGGAAACACUCAAGGCUUUUCCCAAUCUUAAGACCUGGUGAAAGCUGCAGUGAAGAAACUCUUGAUAAAAUACAAUGAAUUGUCAUUCAUACUGAAUCAUCUCAAAAUGUCAGCUGCCAUUAAACAUCAUGAGGUUUAUUGAUGUUUGAAGAUUUUUAGCUCCUGCCCUAUUUCUCUGCCUCCACUAAAAAGAAAAAAUUGAAUUUCACAUUAUUUACAUAAAAGAAAUAAUGAAACUGUCAUCAUUAUAGACGUUAGUAUUUGGAGUUGUUGGGUUUGGGGGAUGGCAAACUAAACCUGCCUAACCUCAAAACAAACGAAAUACUUCAAUUAUAAGAGUAACUGUGUAUGAUUGUAUAUGUGUGGGGCUAUGUAAUAGAUAUGUGUGUGUAUUUAUUAAAAUACUUCAAUUGCAUGUUGCAGUAGUUUCCUGAAUGAGGCCUUGCUGCCUAGUAAAUGACUACUACUAAACUCAUUUGUAGUCAUUAAUUCCAAAAUCAUCUGAAAGUCACAACUGCCUUCCCUGAUUUAAAAUUUAAUAUAUAUCUCCACCUUUUAAAUUAUGCAUUAUCUUGCUUAAAGGAUUGUGUCUUGAAUAUCCAGGUACUUCUGUCUUCCCCCAAUGUUAAUUUGUAGUGUUUAAUCAGAAUCUAAUAGGUGAAAUGAAAUUUCCUAACUUACAAAAUUAUUUGGAACUUACAAAUGUGUGUAGUCUUUGUAAAAAUAUGUUUGGGCACAUAAAUUGUUGGUAUUGGUUAUUUUUUAAAACCUAUGGGAGCUGGGCCUGGUGACUCGGGUUUGUAAAAAUCCGUUUCUUGGAAGGCAGAUCUCAAGUUCAAGGCCAAGCCUGAACUUUUGAGAUCCUGUCUCAAACCAUUACAGCCCAAUGGAUGAGCACUUGUGUAGCAUGCAUGAGGCCCUGGGUUCAGUUCCCAGUACCACAAAAAAUAGAACCUGUGGGAUAAACUCGCACUGCACAUAAAAGUUUUAUUCUUGUACAGUAUUUUGAUUUGUAUGCUUGUGAAUAAAAGUGUGCAUUUGUAAAUA